AUGGACCUCGCCGGGCGCGCCCGCGGCCACGGGGCCACGGUAGGGGGGCUGCUGCUCGCGGCGGCUGCUGCCGCCAAGGGUCUCAGGGAGGACCUGAGGGGCGCGGACGCCCUGCCUUGGAGGGCCCUGUCCCAGAUCCCGAAGCGGGAGGGGCUUGGAGAGGAGGAUACGGCAGUUGCCGGACACGAGCUCCGUGAGUCCCGGGACAAGGUCUCAGAAAAUCAGGUUGCGGGGCGGGCUGGGUCGAAGGGACUUAAAAAGGUACCCAGUGCAUCGCCUCCGGAAGCUGCGGGAGUGAAACUGGCGCGGCGACUCCGCCCUGGGACCCCGAGUCCCAGCCUCCACCGCUGCACCCCCUUACUGCCAGAUGAGAGAAGCUUUCAGAAUGCUGCUAAAAGCAAUAAUUUGGAUCUUAUGGAGAAGCUGUCUGAAAACAAGGUUAACAUUAAUGCUGUGAACAAUAUGAACCGCACAGCCCUGCAUUUUGCAGUGGGGAGAAAUCAUUUAUCUGCAGUGGAUUUCUUGCUUAAACACAAGGCCAGGGUGGAUGUUGCUGAUAAGCACGGCUUGACAGUAAUUCACCUUGCAGCCUGGUCUGGGAGCCUUGAGGUCAUGCUCCUGCUGGUUAAAGCUGGAGCAGAUCAGAGAGCCAAGAAUCAGGAUGGAAUGAAUGCCCUCCACUUUGCUGCUCAGAGCAAUCAUGUGCUCAUCGUGGAGUAUCUUAUUCAAGAUCUGCACCUCAAGGACCUGAACCAGCCUGAUGAGAAAGGAAGAAAACCAUUUCUUUUGGCAGCUGAGAGGGGCCAUGUUGAAAUGAUAGAAAAACUUACCUUCCUAAACCUGCAUACUUCAGAAAAGGACAAGGAGGGAAACACUGCCUUGCACCUCGCUGCGAAGCACGGUCACAGUCCUGCAGUGCAGGUGCUGCUAACCCAGUGGCAAGACAUAAAUGAGAUGAAUGAGAAUGGAGAAACACCAUUCUUUCUGAGUGUUGAAGGAGGUCAUGAAGAGUGCAGCAAAGUGCUGCUGACAGCAGGAAGUGACAUCAACAUUCCAAAUAAACUCAAUAUCAGUAGUUUGCAGAUAGCAACCAGGAAUGGCCAUGCAUCCCUUGUCAACUUUCUUCUCAGUGAGAACGUUGAUCUGCACCAGAAAGUGGAACCUAAGGAGUCUCCUCUUCAUUUAGCUGUUAUCAACAACCACAUCACCGUUGUAAACAGCUUAUUAAGUGCACAGCAUGAUAUUGACAUUAAAUCAGGCAAGAGACCUCUUGGAAUAAAAGAAAAAUCACCCCAAGUUCAGUCAACUGAAGCAGAAUCAAAUGACUCAAUAAGGCAAUCCAUCACUGGCUGGAAAUGGGAGUGCCGCAGCGGAAUGAUGAAGAGAAUGGGGAAACAACAAACCCCUCUGCAUGUAGCUGCUGAUUGUGGAAAUGUGGAACUGGUGGAAACCCUGCUGAAGGCAGGCUGUGACUUGAAGGCUGUUGACAAGCAAGGAAAGACUGCCCUGGCUGUGGCCUCCAGGAGCAACCAUAGCCUUGUAGUGGACAUGCUCAUUAAAGCAGAGAGAUACUACGCCUGGAGAGAGGAGCAUCAUGAAAGCAUCAGGGACCCAUCAACAGGUUUUCCUCUGACAUUCAAGCAAGACCACAGUCUGGAGACCAGACACAUUCGCACGCUCCUCUGGGGCCUGGCUUACCAUCAGCUGAAGGCCAAUGAGUGGCAGAGGCUGGCCCGUUCAUGGAACUUUACAGAUGACCAGAUUAGAGCCAUUGAGGCACAGUGGUCAGGAAAUGAAAGCUUCCGUGAACAUGGCCACAGGGCUCUGCUUAUCUGGCUACAUAGGACCCUGAUGACUCAGGCUGAUCCGGCCAAGCACCUGUAUGAAGAGCUGGUACACGCAGGUUUCCCAAAACUAGCUGAAAAGACUCGUCAUUUCAAAAGCAAAACUGACUCAAACUCCAAGAAAUGUGUAGUUUCAUAAAUGCCCAAAGAAAUUGUAUUUCCAUGAUUUUCCACUCAGCAUUCAGUUCUUUUAAUGCCAUAAAUUUCUCCUAGCAGUAGCACUGAUUUUCAACUAUGAUGAUGGUGGUGACAGGGUACUGUAACAGGUGAAAGAAGAGUAAUACCAUGAUACUUUUCAACCUCUAAAAAGCCAAAUACAGUUUUUUUGCUGAGGGCCAGUUAUAUAUCAUUUUUCCAUUUCUGUCAUUUGAUGUAACACAUGUAAUAAGAUAAUCUAGGAGGGUUUUGUGUGUCAUUUUUUUUCUAAAAACUCAUGGGAGCAGCAUCAUGGUACAGUAAAAAACCAACGGUUUUUACAAUAGACGAAUAUAGUUUUGAACUUGGUUUUGCCACUUAUUAGAUGUGAACCUUUGGGCAUGUUAAUGUUGUUUAAGUUCGUAGAUCUUCAGUUUCCUUCUCUAUAAACUGGGACAAAUGUCUAUUUAAUCCACAGAGUUGGAGUACAGAUGAAGGGAAAAUGCCUGUGAAAUGCCUAGCCUCAUGCCCACAGUAUGGAAAUCAACUAUUAUUUCUCUUUCAGUAAGAGAAACUGGGUUUGGAAAUUUAUAGUCAUUGUUGACUUUAAAUCACACAUAAUGUAUAAUAUAUUACUUAGGAAAGACCAGAAGUA